CACAUCUGAAGCCACAUCAAUAACCUGUCCUCCCCUGCAACGGCAAAAAGUCAGCCCUUUAGCUAAGUUAAACCCAUUCUUGCCUCCGCCUCGCAACGACAUCUUUCCACCAGGAGAACAGCCGCAGGGCCGGUAUUAAGUUGUUCCGGCAAGUGGAGGCGCACGACAACACCAAACAGCUCCGCCUCGUUCAUCGUCCAUCCAGAAUGCGCGAGUGACACGCCGACACCAAUCACGUCGAUCGUUUUGUGGCACGUUGGGGAAAUCACUGGCAUUGUCGAUGGUCUCUGGCGUCCCGAUACACAGACACAGCGGCGCCCUUUUGCAUCGCCCUCACCACUACCCGCACGUGGUCCCGUACCGUUGUUCGUGUUCCUAGCUUGUUGGCUCCCUGGAAUCCCCUGGCAAUGACCAACUUUUCCCCUCGCAGAUCCUGUCCGAGCUUCGUGCUACCGUGUGGCUUUGGGCUUGCGGCGACUCGUCUGGAAUUUUUACCAUAGCAGCAACCAUAACCACUCAUUCUCACCCUCCUUCCUCGAACAAUGCCCAUACCUGCGUGUUAAAGUAUGCUUCCAAGCCAAACCUUGAACCAAGCUACAUUCAUUUACAUUGCGCUCUUGUCUCCGACUUUCCUUUGAGUGUCGUUCCACGUCAAUCACUCGUGUCAUUUUGGCAACUCCUUCAUCUCCUUUGCACACGCGCCUUGCCGCACCUCUUUCAACUUCUCGAGUAUGAGAGUGGCCUGGCUUUUUUCUCGCCAAUUUCAACGCCGUCUCCUAAUAUCUCUCAUUCUGUCCGUCCUUGCCAUUUGGUGUCUACUUCCACCAAGUCCAAAACAUGGUGUACAGCCAGCCGAGCUGGAGCGACAAUACCCCUUACUUUGGCGGCACGUGCAUACGUUCAACGGUACUGGAGGAGCAUGGUAUAUUCCGCCCUCGUGGCUGUCGUCAGCCGAUUUCCAGCCGGAGACAAUAGUCGAUGCGGCGCUUCUGGCUUCGCAAGCUGCCAACAGCAACAAGCGCCGAUUCAUCGACCGUUCUUCCAUUCCAUUAGUACUUCACCAGACUUGGAAAAAUCGAUGUGUGGACACAUGGUCGGAUCUGCUCCGCGCCAGUGUGGAGAAAUGGUUGAACUAUGUAGUGUCCGACGACAUGGCUUAUUUCUUCUGGGAAGACGAUGGCAUUGUACGAAUGUUAGCCGAGUUUGAACCUGAUUUUGUUCAUCGCUUCGUGGCCUUGCCAUCGAAUGUGGAACGGGCUGAUGUCUUCCGCAUCUUGGUUUUGAAAUGGUUUGGUGGAAUUUAUGCAGACGUGGAUACUCGACCGCUUCGCCGGCCUGCCUCCUGGGUGGCCGCUUCUGACCUUGCUCCCUGGACGGACUCCGUGACGGAAAUGAACUUUUCCUUCGACAACCCCGUAAGCAGCAUUCUUGGGAUUGAAGCUGAUUGUGUGCCUCACAAGAAUGACUAUUGGCGUAUGGGGUAUUCAUACCCUGUCCAACUCACGCAAUGGGCUUUAGCUUCAAGUUCCGGCCACGCCAUUCUUCUACGCUUCAUGGACACCCUUCAACGAAGGCUGGAAGAUAUUGCGAGGCGCAACAGGGGAGAUAUCAGCGUUCCGGAGGCAGUCAGGGAACUACGACAAAUUGGACCAGUGUCUUUGACGGGACCAGUUGCUGUGACCGUCGCAGCGAAGACUUGGCUAGAGGAACGCACCGGGUUGCGGUGGAACGCUUUGACUGGAUUGCUCGAUGGCGGUCAAAGCAAGCUAGUGGAAGAUGUUCUGAUCUUGCCAAUCACUGGAUUUAGCCCCGGACGAGGCAGAUACGGCAACAUGGGCUCGAAGCCGGUAACAGACCCUUCAGCGCGAGUUUGGCACCGGGCGCAAGGGUCUUGGCACACCUUCAACGCCAAGGUUGAAUUCGGAAAGGUCUGUCGGACAUUGUUUGGACUGUGCAAGGACUGGCCGAAGCAGCCAGGCUGAUUAGAAGACGACCGAUGGUUGGAGACCUGGGGAUACGUCUUGCGCUAGGCUAGCCACGGAGUUAGGAAGGUCGUCAGGUUGUACAAUAGGCCACGAGGGGUCCAGAGACUGGCGAGCAAGAACUGGCUAUCACUCUCUUGUUCACAUUGGAUACUGCGGAAUAUUCGAUUGGUAUUAGGUAGGGGAAGCCGCCAGUCUACUUUCGAUAUGGCGUCAUUCUCGAGAUCAGAAACAGUUCGGGAGGAUGUCUGUCCGCACGGUGUAACAUUGCCGCCCUGAACCUCCAUGACUCGACCAGAC